GCAUACUCGACUCAAACAAGCAAAAUGUUCAAGCUGCUGACUUUCGCCGCCGUCUUGGCCUACGCUUCCGCCGCCCCCGGGCUCGUUGCUGCCCCCGUGGUGGCCCAUCAUGCCAUUUCUAGUCACAGCACGGUGGUGGCUCACCCCGUCCCCGUCGUUAAAGCCGCCCCUGUAGUGGCUGUGCAUGCUCCAGUUGUGCCCGUGGUGAAAGCUGCGCCCAUUGUACCUGUGGUCAAAACCGCCGCCGUUGCCGUGCACGCCGCUCCCGUGGUUCACGCCGCCCCCAUCGUGCACGCCGCCCCCGUUGUGCAUGCUGUGCACGCCCCUGUGGUGCCUGUAGUUAAGUCGCACACUGUGCUUGUGCACUAAUCUCAAAGCGAUGAAACGUUUUUGUGUUAUUUAUUUGAUUUUUUAAUAUAAUUUUUACGAGUC